CUUUUUCUCCACACGUCAAGCAUUGUCGUGGGAGCGAAAGAAGAUACUGCAGUCCCUGGAAUAUCGUCAUUGCCAUGUUGUUGCUACACGCUGUCGACGCCGUAGACGACAUUGAUGUCGCGGAAUCGUUGAUGGCCCUCACCAAGGGCGGUAUGGUACGCGACUAUGACUUGUGCGACCUCGUCGACGUCUGCGUACCGUCAGGUCCAAGCGGGUCGACCUCCUCGACGCUCCGUCACCUCACGGAACUGGCUCAACAAGAGUUCAAGUUUAUGAACAGUCCCACAGGCGUCGACGAUGCGUGGUCAUUGGUGUCGGUGACCAAGAUGGAACAAGGGCUGAAGCGAAUGAAAGUGGAAGACUUAAGUUUGGAUGGCCAUUACCUCCGCCCCAGCACAAGUUGCACCGAAGACGACGACGACGACGACCUCCACUACCAUGACACCGACCGCCAGCGAAAACUUUCUGUGUCGUCAUGGUCGUCCAGCGACAGCGAUUCGUACCAUCUUCAUGGGGACGCUACGAAGCGAAGAAUCGGGAGCUAUUCCCCCGAAGACCGGGCGGAGCGCAUCCAGCGAUACUUGGAAAAGCGAAAACAUCGGACAUGGGGGCGCAAAAUCAACUAUGGUGUGCGCAAGAACUUUGCCGAUUCGCGGUUACGAGUCAAAGGUCGGUUUGUGAAGAAGGAAGACGAGGAGCUGUUGUGCCUAUACUUGGGGAUGACAUAGCCUCAUGCUCCAGCGUGUUCUUGUCUAACGCACAGACCCACCUCCCCACCUCCGCAGUUGCAUCCUCGCACCGCCGCUCCAUUACCCCCCCCAACCAUUACUGAUAGAUAUUAUAAGAACAACCACGUAGCAUUAGCGUUAAACCCAUACUCAUGUCACGUCAGCCGUGGUGAGCUUCCUCCGACCAA